GGUGUGUUGAGUAAAAAAAAAACGAAACCUUGUGACCACAAACAAGGUUGGUUCAACUUGUGAGGGGGAUCAAAACAUUCCUAGAUUGGAAUAUGGCAAAUCUUGGUUGUUCUAGUCGUAGGAAAGCAAUUGAGGAGCUCCUUAGAGGGCGUGAUUGUGCCAAACAACUUAGGAGUGUCAUCAAUGGGAGUUGUGAAGAUGGAUCAUCAACAACCCCAUCAUUUGCUGAACAACUUGUGAAGGAGGUGCUCAUGUCCUUCACCAACUCCCUCUCGUUCUUGAAGAACAACCCCACUUCUGAAUCCCAUGAUGUUUCCAAUGUUCAAGUUUGUGAAUCUCCCAAGUCUGAGGACUCCCAAGAGAGCAAUUGCAAGAGCUCCACCAUUAAGGAACGUAGAGGGUGCUACAAGAGAAGAAGAACUGAACAAACAUGGGAGAAGGAAUCUGAAGCUCCAAUUGAUGACGGCCAUCAGUGGAGAAAGUAUGGCCAAAAGGAGAUCCUGAAUGCCAAAUUCCCAAGGAACUACUAUAGGUGCACUCACAAAUUUGACCAAGGUUGCCAAGCAACAAAACAGGUGCAAAGAGUUCAAGAGGAACCAAUCCUAUACAAGACCACCUACUAUGGCCUCCACACUUGCAAGAACUUGGCAAACCCUGAGAUCAUACUUGACCCUAUGUCCCCUUCAUCCUCAUCCAAGUUCCUUAGCUUUGACAACUCCUUCCCAACCCCAUCAAAGCAAGAGUGCCCCUUUCUCUCAUCUUCUAAUUUGCCAUCAUCAGUGAAAGGGGAGUGCAAGGAGGAGGUCCCUCCCUCAACUUCCUCCAAUCAUUAUCUCAUCUCUUCUGACCUCACUUUUGAUAGCUCACCAAGGCAUCAUGUCACUCUAUCAUCAACACUUGACUCAGAGUACAAGAGUGUGGACAUUUCGGAUGUCUUGUAUGAUUCUGCUCAGCUUGAUGAUGCCUUUGAACCCUUCCUUGAAUUUAGAUGAGCAUGUCCUUGUUUGGUUUGUGAUUUUUUUUAUAUAAUUUUUACUUUAGUGAAGGCAGUACAAAACAAAAUUGUCUAAUAUAUAGUAGUACUUUUCUUAGAUAAAUGUAAUAUCCGUGCUUUUAUUGUAAAUUUUGUCAUUUUCAAUGAAUGAGAAAUGAUCAUAAUGUUUCAAUGAUUUA